CCAAGUUCUGCUAAGUUAGGUUCAGCAAAGAUGUCUGCGUUAAAAAAGAAUCCAAACACUCAGACGUGUGACUUUGGCGGUCUGCUGGAGGCCAGAGAUGUGGCGCUCAUAACUUUGGUAGUGGGAGAAACACACCUGGUGGUACACAGGUCUGUCUUGGUGGCCAAAAGCCCAGUGUUCGCUGCAAUGCUGACCCACGACACAGUGGAGGCCAGCAGCAGUCGCAUCGUCGUCACAGACGUCGAGCCAAAGGUGCUGCAGCAGCUGCUGCUGUUUAUGUACAAGGACUGUGUUCCUCAGCUUUGCAGUAUGGCAACACAGCUCUUGGUGGUUGCAGACAAAUAUUGCGUUCUCGACUUGAAGGCACAGUGCGAACUACAGCUGGUCAUAGAUCUGGCUGUGGAGAAUGUCGUGUCGAGUGCAUUGCUCGCAUUGCGCCAUUCCUGCCCACGUUUGAAGGAAACUGCUGGGCACUUCCUUAAGGCUAACCUCACCAGGGUGAUGGACACAGAAGGAUGGGCAGAGGCAGUACGAAACAACCCAGAAGAAUUCAUGGAACUCAGUCGCCUGCUCGCUUCGACCAGAAACACUUGUCAGGAGGAGAUGGACAGAAAACUACUCCAGGCAGUUGAAAACAAGGGGCCAAAGGAGGUCGAAGAUCUGCUAGCCACAGGAGCAUACGUGGGGGCACGGGAUGCGAGCGGGAGGAGUGCCCUGCACAGUGCAGCUACCACGGGAAUUGCAUCGUGCCUGCUGGAGGCUGGUGCGCUUGUCAGUGCGAGGGACAAGUGGCACCGUACGCCUCUGCAUGCAGCCAUACAGAGGGGCAACACAGAUGUGGCUCGUCAGCUGGUGGGGGUCUCUGGUAAUGUGAAUGCUGCUGACUUGUACGGGGACACGCCACUGCACUUGGCGGCACAAUUGGGCAAAUACGAUAUCGUAAAGGUGCUGCUGACUGUGGGUGCAGAUAAGGGUGCUAGAAACAAUUUGGGUGAGACACCCUCGGAUGUGGCUGAGCGUUAUAAAAGUGAGAGUCUAGUACUGGCCAUGCUCAGUGUUUCAGGUUCAGCCAAGAUGUUGGAGAUAAAUGGGAAUUCGAAAACCCCAGCAUGUGACUUCAGUGCUCUCCUAGAAGCCAGGGAUGUGGCACUCGUAACAUUGGUGGCGGGAGAAACACAGCUGGCAGUACACAGGUCUGUCUUGGUGGCCAAAAGCCCAGUGUUGGCUGCAAUGCUCGCUCACAACGAGAUGGAGACCGGCAACUGUAGCAUUGUAGUCACAGAUGUUGAGCUGAAGGUGCUGCAGCAGCUGCUGCUGUUUAUGUACAAGGAUAGCACUCCGCAGCUCUGCAGUAUGGCGCCACAGCUCUUGGUGGCUGCAGACAAGUAUUGCAUUCUCGACUUGAAGGCACAGUGCGAACUGCAGCUGGUCGAAGAUCUGUCUGUGGAAAACGUCAUGUCGACUGCAUUGCUCGCAUUGCGCCACUCCUGCCCACAUUUGAAGGAAACUGCUGGGUGUUUCCUCAAGGCUAAUCUUGCCAAGGUGAUGGGCUCUGAAGGAUGGGCGGAGGCAGUGCGAAACAAUGCUGAAGAAUUCGUGGAACUCGGUCACUUGCUUGCAACAACCAGGAGUGCUUCUCAGAAGGAAAUGGACAGACAGCUGCUUGAGGCGGCUGAAUCCAGAAGCAGUUUGAAGCAUCUCCUAGCCACAGGGGCAUACGUGGGGGCACGAGACAGGAGGGGGAGGACUGCCCUUCAUUUUGUUGCAGGCUACAUGUAUGGCAAGGACGACAUGAAGUUCCUGCUGGAAGCUGGAGCAGAUGUGGAGGCACAGGAUUCGAAUGGUAGGACUGCGCUGCACUAUGCCAGUUCACACAAGCAAAGCAUAGAGUAUCUGCGUCAGGCUGGUGCGCGAGUGGAUGCGAGGGACAGGUGGCUCCAAAUACCUUUGCAUUGUGCCGUGCAGGCUGACGAUCUGGAAACUGUUAAGGAGCUUUUGGCAGCCUCCAGUGACGUGAACGCUGCUGACGUAUAUGGGAACACACCACUACACCUGGCGGCACAGAGGGGCAAUGCAAAUGUGGUAAAGGCACUGUUGGACCUGAGAGCGGAAAAGGAUGCCGAGAACAGCUUGAAAGAGACACCUCUGGAUGUGGCCAAGAAGUGUAAUAAUAAUCGGCUGUUAGCCAUUCUUAGCUGACUCCGCACAGUGCCAUUUUGUGUUGAAGGUGUGAAUUAAUUUUGCACCUGAAGCUUCUCGGCAGAUUAAAACUGUGUGCCAGUUCGAUACUCGAACUCAGGACAUUUGACUUUCGCGUGCAAGUACUCUACCAACGGGAAUUUACACCUUUUUGGACUGAUUUUGUCACCGUGGAAUGGGGAGCUUCCUGGAUGUGCCUUGUGCCUAUUAGCAUAUGCAUGUGAAGAGAGGAAAAAAUUAUGUCUUUUUAAAUAUUUUACAUUUAUUAAAAGAGCUACAAAAUUAA